ACAUGUAGAUGAGGCACCUGGGGAUAUGGUGGGCUUGGCAGCGCCAGGUUAAAGUGUGUGAACUGAUAAUAUGAGCACUGUUUGCCUGUCGCCUCCUCUCUCCUCUUCAGGACUUUCAGGGGCUUGAAACAGAAAAGAGAUUUCCUAAAGAAAGAAAACGGAAGCAGCAAGUUACAUCUCACAGGUCUUGCUCUUUGCAGUCUGGCCUUGACUGGUUUAAAAGUGAGAGGAGGACGAGGGUGGAAUGAUGCUUCUGAACUUUGGAACGCUCGUGUGUUUUCUGUGUUCCUAAGCCUGCCUUCCUGUGGCCUGUCCACCACCUGAUCUAUUUGGUCUCUGCCUCAUAACUCCCUUUUUUGAUGGGACUUGCCCAUUUUGGCCCAUUGGUUUCCUCCUCCUCCCACCUUCUAAGUGCUCCCACCUUCUCUUUGAACUUGCUUUUCUGUCCGUCUGUCUUUCUUUACGCCCAUUACGGCCUGACCUCUGUGGCUCACGGAUGUGCACAGGGAAGCUCCCAGGGGUGUGACAUAGGACCAAAAGGCUUCUUUGAGCUGUCAGAGCACUGCAGCAGCACACUGAUAAGAAGGGACAAUUAAUACGGGAUAAGUAAAGCAACUUUUCAUCCACAGAAUUUCAGUGUAGACCUGGGGCUUUCAGCAAGUGCAUCAGUUUUCAAAUGACACCCUCACCUGUAAGGUGGAGCCCAAGAUUUCCUCCAAGCCUUGGGCACUCUCAGCUUGUUUUCCGAGUCCCUGCGUUCUGUAAUAUUUACAGCAGAGAACCUGCAGAGCUACAGGAGCUCAACAAAGAGACCUCCUCAGCAGCUGUGGUACACCCCAGUGUAAGGAGUUGGAGAGCUGAAAGGCAGAUUUGUUACCACGCAGUGUUCCCUGGGAAGCUGGAAAUCAAUUGUAUCAGGGUGUGCCUUUGAAUCACACACCAGCGACCAUUGCACCAAAUGUGUUUGCCUUACUAAGCACUACAAGCCCAGGAUAAAGCUUCUAAAGGACACUCUGUUGUCCACCACCAGAGGAUAGUCCCUUGAUGUCUGCACUAAAUCACCAGGAAAACAAGCUAAGCCUCAAAUCCUUAUUCCAUGGAAGGGCAGAGCUCAUUUCCAGAGGAGUUUUGUGCCCUUUCUUUCCUUCCAUUGACAUUCCUUUCUUUUCUUUUUCAAGCUGGGUCCUGCUUUUAGCUCUAGAUUUUGACAGAGACCAAUUGCACCUGAUUUUCAUGGGGAUGAAAUGUCUGCAAGUCAUCCUACAGGUAGUGUGGGAUCUUGGGGCAGAUCUGUGAGGCUGUGGUUUUUGGCUCUUCUAAACCCACAGUCUUGGGCUUUCCAUGUACAGGGCAUUCCAGGGCAGUGGGACAGGCUUCCAGUGACAGAGGAGAAUUUUCCAACAUUUUUUUGGCAUUAGCUGUAGAGAACAUUCAGGGGCUCUGCAUACAUCUGCAAGCAAAGCUAGAGCAGCUGCUGUUGUGAUGUCACUGGAACCGUUGUCCUGGUGCACGGACCGUUGUCCUGGUGCAUGGAGUGUUGUCCUGGUGCACGGACCGUUGUCCUCAUGCACGGAGUGUUGUGCUGGUGCACGGACCGUUGUCCUCGUGCAUGGAGUGUUGUCCUGGUGCACAGACCGUUGUCCUCGUGCACGGGAGCCUCCGUGUGCACAGUGUGUUUGGCGUGCUCGUAGCGGGAGGGUGCUCCUCAUCGAGGCACUCACCUCCAGCAGGCUGCACUUGGACACCAGGGGUGUCCUUUUCUUCCUUGGCGUGCACAGGCUGUGGAAUUCUUGCCCAGCAUGGCUAAAGUGUUCCGGCGAGUCUGUGCCGCCUUUCGCCGGGUUUUUCCUAUGGCCUAUGCUUUUUGUUCCCACCCAGACAAACCCGGGCUGCUGACCCAUCUAGCAAGUAAAUAUGUGUUUAGAAACAGAAGAGGCCGUCCUUCGAGGAAACUACCUCAAGCUGACCCUCCUCAGGCUCCUUCUCUUCCUUCCCUUUAUGAGGAUACAGAGGAGGAAGACAACAACGAAGCUCCACCUGUUGCUGCACCAGAGCCUGAACAGCCAAACUCUACCAAUACAUGCUCUGGAACAAAAUCUUCCACUGCCCUGGAAGCUGCUGCACUGGAAGCCACUGCACUGGAAGCUGCUGACAAAGACAACACUCCCACACCUGAGAUCCCCUAUAUAAGCACUUCCAGCAGUUCCUGCAGCAGCACCAACGAGCAGCAAAAGACAGUAGAGGAGGACAGCCUCGAGAAAUUGAGGAGCAUUGUGAGUGUGGGAGAUCCUAUGAAGAAGUACGUUGAAUGGGAAAAAAUUGCCAGUGGGGCUUUCGGAACAGUCUAUGCAGCGACCGACACUGCCACAGGAGGAGAGGUGGCCAUAAAGCAAGUGUGUCUCCAAAAACAGCUCAAAAAGGAACGAAUUGUCGAUGAGCUCAUUGUCAUGAGGGACAACAAGCAUCCAAAUAUUGUUAACUAUUUAGACAGCUACCUGGUUGGAGAUAAACUGUGGAUAGUGAUGGAAUACCUAGACGGAGGCGCCUUAAGCGAUGUUGUUAAGGAAAUAAGCAUGAGUGAAGGAAUGAUGGCAGCUGUCUCUCGAGAGUGCCUGCAAGCACUGGCCUUCCUCCAUUGCCACCAAGUGAUCCACAGGGAUCUCAAAGGCGAUAACAUUCUGCUUGGAAUGGAUGGAUCCGUCAAGUUGGCUGAUUUUGGUCUCGCUGCUCGCAUCACACCUGAGCAGAGCAAACGAAGCUCAGUCGUCGGCACAGUUCACUGGAUGGCCCCCGAAUAUCUAACUAAAGAGGAAUACGGACCCAAAGUGGAUAUUUGGGCACUGGGCAUCACAGUGAUAGAAAUGCUGGAAGGAGAACCUCCUUAUUUUUGGGAGCUUCCUCACAGGGCCAUGCAGCUCAUCAUUUCAAAGGGGAUACCGGAGCUGCAAAACCGCGAGAAACUGUCCCCUGCAUUGCAGGACUUUCUGAACCGCUGCUUGCAGGCAGACGAGGACAGUCGAUGGUCUGCUGAGGAACUUCUGCAGCAUCCAUUUUUACUCUCAGCCAUGCCCCUCUCCGGCCUGACGACUGUGAUCAAUGCAGCAAACCAGCUGAGGGAGGCCAGCAGACAGAGGAAGGGUUUUGGCAUGCCUUCCUCCAGUUCCAUCGAUGGGUGGAACUCAGAACAAAACUGAAGGAGCCUCAUCCCCAGUGAAUACCCUGGGGGAGUUCCACAGAGGAGGGGGCGCUUAGGAGUCGAUUAGGGCACAGGGCAUCACCACCAGCAGGUGGUGAGCAACUGCAUUGUACAUUGCUUGUUUUGCUUGGGUUUCAUCUCUUUCUCCGUUUUACUACUGUUACAAUUAGGAUUUGCAUUAGUAUCACUAUUAGAGUUUGUAUUAGUAUUAGUGUUAGUAUUACUAUUUGUAUUCAUAUUGGAUUUUACUCUGUUUCAAUUAUUAAACUGUUCUUAUCUCAA